AUGCGUUGUUUCGUUCCAAGAGCUCAAAACAUGCAGCGGAUCAUGGUGUAUUUGCUUCUUGAAUGCAAGAAGAUCUUCAAGAUCAGUAUGAUUAACAUUAAUGAGAAAUGUAAGAAACUCGACUUGCAUAAGCUAUGUUGUGUAGAUAUCAUUAGUUCUACUCAAUUCUGGUUGGAUUUUUGUAAUGGUAGCAUUGUGACAUUUAUAUCGUGUUCCAGAGAUCAUCUUGGAAGUUAUGCCCGACACUACCCAGCAAAGUUCAUUCUUGGUUACUGUUCGACAUACAUAUUCAUGCAGACAUUUAUGAUACCAGGGACAAUUUUCAUGUCCUUGCUAGCUGGAGCUCUUUUUGGAGUUGGCCGAGGCCUAUUUUUGGUUGUCUUUAAUGCCACUGCUGGUGCAUCGUCUUGCUAUUUUCUGUCUAAACUAAUUGGCAAACCCAUUGUUCUCUGGUUGUGGCCUGAAAAGCUGCGAUACUUUCAGACAGAGAUAGGGAGGCAUAGAGACAAGUUGCUCAACUACAUGCUCUUCCUGAGAGUUACCCCAACAUUGCCCAAUCUUUUCAUCAAUUUGGCUUCACCAAUUGUAGAUAUCCCAUUUUAUAUCUUCUUUCUUGCAACUGUCAUCGGUCUCAUACCAGCCUCCUAUAUUACUGUCAGUGCUGGUCUUGCGCUUGGAGAUCUAAAGUCGGUGAAAGAUCUAUACGAUUACAAGACAUUGGCUGUGCUCUUCCUUAUUGGGUCUGUUUUAUUAUUUCCAACCCUCCGGAAGAGAAAAGCAAGUGUAUGAAUGGAUCGGGUCGUGUAUUUCUCCCGUCUCCGAGGAGCCCAGGGAACAAAAGGAUUCUUUCAUCGGGGUGAGUAUUGAAGGCUAUUCAUUUUUUGUUAGAAGAUAACACAGCAGAAAUUGUGAGAUAUUACAUUGUGGCAUGAAGCAACACAUGAUGUUGCUGUAUGUAUAUAUAUUUAUUCAACUCAAAUUUCUAAUA